GUUUCGAGUUUCGACCCCCCACAGUCCCACCAAUCUCCCUUUCUACUGACCAUUUCAAUUGAGAACACAAGUGUUUCAGUGCGUGUGAACGCAAACCUUAAAGAUUAGGCAGCAAUGGCGAGAAUAGCUAGAACUCAUCAAUGGCGCCCUGCCCUAUCUGGUCUACAUACGCCAUUCAAAUCCUCAUUUCUCAGCACUGACCCGUCUCUCAGUCGUUGUUGCUUUACCAACUAUGUAAUCCUCGGUAGAAGGAGCUUAUCUUCUUCAGCACUCAAAGUUUCUAUGAGCUUGAGAGCUGGCAUUGUUGGUCUCCCUAAUGUUGGAAAAUCCACUCUUUUCAAUGCUGUGGUUGAAAAUGGGAAGGCGCAAGCUGCUAAUUUUCCUUUUUGCACAAUAGAGCCAAACGUAGGAACUGUUGCUGUUCCAGACCCAAGAUUGCAGGUGCUUUCCGAUUUAAGCAAAUCUCAGAAAAUGGUUCCAGCAUCUGUAGAAUUUGUGGAUAUUGCUGGACUUGUGAAGGGGGCCAGUCAGGGAGAGGGAUUAGGUAAUAAGUUCUUAUCUCAUAUUCGCGAAGUCGACUCCCUACUUCAGGUUGUACGAUGUUUUGAUGAUAAUGAUAUAAUUCACGUAAAUGGAAAAGUUGAUCCUAAGUCUGACAUCGAUGUCAUCAAUCUAGAGUUAAUCUUCUCAGAUCUGGAUCAGAUGGAAAAAAGGUUGGAUAAACUUAAAAAAAGCAAGGCAAAGGAUUCACAAACUAAAGCAAAGGAGGAAGCAGAAAGAUCUGCUCUGGAAAGGAUCCAACAGGUGCUUAUGGAUGGAAAACCAGCACGAUCAGUUGCCUUAUCAGAUGUUGAGAAGGAAGCUGUUAAGCAUCUUUGUUUGCUUACAAUGAAACCAGUAAUUUAUGUUGCAAAUGUAGCAGAGUCUGAAGUAGCUGAUCCUGGAAAUAAUCCAUAUGUCCAACAAGUAACAGAACUUGCAUCAGAGUUGCAAUCAGAAGUGGUGACUGUCUCAGCACAGGUUGAGGCAGAACUUACAGAGCUUCCGUCUGAGGAUAGAGUAGAGUAUAUGAAGUCUCUUGGAGUCAGUGAAAGUGGUCUGGGAAACCUUAUUAGAGCAACAUAUAGAAUUUUGGGGUUGCAGACAUAUUUUACUUCCGGAGAGAAGGAAACAAAAGCUUGGACAAUACUCGCAGGGAUGACUGCCCCUCAAGCUGCAGGAGUUAUCCAUUCUGACUUUGAGAAAGGUUUUAUCCGUGCUGAGACGGUAGCUUAUGACGAUUUUGUUGCUGCUGGUUCACUUGCAGCUGCACGGGAGAGAGGAGUGUUGAAGUCUGAAGGGAAGGAAUAUGUUGUACAAGAAGGAGAUGUCAUGUUGUUUCGCUUUAAUGUUUGACGACUUUGAUUCAACUCAUUCAAGUACUGCCAGAGUAAAAGGGUUUGCUACCUUCCAGUUACAGCAGCAAUAGUAGCCUACAGUAUACUAUAUACGAAGUAUUUCAAUCAGGACAUUCUUCAACUAUGGGAGCCUGGCCUCAAAAGAGAGGUAGAUUCAUGUUAAGGAUAUCACCAAAUUUUGUCAAAGAUGCAAAUACUCCUGUCAUUCGUUAUGCACUUGUUUCGUUAUUCAAUGUGUAAAGUUAGAGAUCAAUGAAAAACUGAUAAAACAAAGCGAGUACCAUCGCUUUGUUGCAUGCUGUAAGAUGAACAAUAAUAGUCUAUAAAUAAUGGAACUAGUAUCAUUCUUUUA